AUGGUUCGUGGACGAUUUGAACAAGCUUCAUCUCAUGUACAAUGGAUGGUUAUACGGAACAGUUCGUCAUUUUUACAUAAACGGAAAUUGGGCACACUUACAACAGAAGCAAACAAUUUGAAAAACCGCAAUACUUUUCGUUUUAAUGGUCUUAUUCACCCAAAAGUAGUUGGCGUUCAAACUGUUAAAGACGGUAAAGGUGUUCUUUUCACAACCGGCAAUGUUAAAAAUUUGAAGAAACCACUCAAACGUUUCCGUCAGGUUAAGCUCAGCAAAGAUUCACGUCGCACACUGACCAGUAUUCGACGAACAAUCCGUAAACAACGCUACCGAAAAGAUCUUAAAAUGGCCGCUCUUCGUCGUGCAUCUGCUUUACUUCGUGGUCAACGCUUAGCUGCUGCUACAACAUCAACAAGUGCUACUAACACCAAGCGUUCUGGCAAAAGUACUACCACUAACACCGGUGCUACAACAUCAUCGUAA